AUUAUAAUAUAAAAUAAAGUAUUAAUUGACAAAAAAAAAUGUCAAUAAAGGUAAACUUACACGAGCUAAAAGUUUCAUGAUAUCUUGUCCGAAAAGUUUAUAAAGUGUCUCUACUCUUUCUUUUUUAUCACAACAACUGCAAUUUCACGAGCCCAAAAAAAAAAAAAACCAAAAAAAAAAAUGGCGACACUCCCCAAAACAAAACAAGGGGCGGAAACCCUCCCAGAUGCGUGGGACUACAAGGGCCGAGCCGCCGUCAGAUCCUCCUCCGGCGGCUGGGCUAGCGCCGCCAUGAUUCUCGGAGUCGAGACCUGCGAGAGGCUAACUACUCUCGGGAUAGCCGUUAAUCUUCUCACGUACUUAACCGCCACCAUGCAUUUGGGCAAUGCCACGUCAGCAAACACCGUAACCAACUUUCUCGGCACUUCCUUCAUGCUCUGUUUGCUCGGCGGCUUCAUCGCCGAUACCUACUUAGGAAGGUACUUGACAAUCGGGAUCUUCGCCGCUGUUCAAGCAAUGGGAGUGGCGCUCUUGACUGUAUCAACAAUAAUCCCGGGUCUCCGGCCGCCGAAGUGCGCCGCCGGCGGGGAGUCAUGUAUUCCGGCGACCGGAAAACAGCUCAUGGUACUCUACGCAGCGCUUUACAUAACGGCGCUCGGGACCGGGGGGCUGAAAUCCAGCGUGUCCGGGUUCGGUUCGGACCAGUUCGACGAGUCGGAGAAGGAGGAGAAGAAGCAGAUGAUCGCGUUCUUCAACUGGUUCUUCUUCUUCAUCAGCAUCGGAGCGCUUUUGGCGGUGACUGUACUUGUGUACAUACAGGAUCAUCUCGGCAGGGAUUGGGGUUACGGGAUCUGCGCCUGCGCUAUUCUUGUGGGGUUGUUGAUUUUCCUGUCGGGGACUAAACGGUACCGUUUCAAGAAGCUUGUCGGCAGCCCGCUGACGCAGAUCGCCUCCGUUGUGGUGGCGGCGUGGAGGAAGAGGAGUCUUGAGCCGCCGUCGGAUUCUUCGCUUCUGUUUGACGUUGACGAUGUUGUCCUCGCCGGCGCCGGUGGUGGUGGUGGGGAGGAAGGACAGGUCAGCAAGAAGAAGAAGCAAAAGUUGCCGCACAGCAAGGAGUUCCGUUUUCUUGACAGGGCAGCAAUUAAGGAUCCCAAAGUAGCCAUCACAACAUUAUCCAACAAAUGGCAACUCUCAACCUUAACCGAUGUCGAAGAAGUCAAAUUAGUGAUCCGAAUGCUCCCGACGUGGGCAACGACGAUAAUGUUCUGGACGGUCUACGCCCAAAUGACGACAUUCUCCGUCUCGCAAGCCACCACCAUGGACCGCCACAUCACCGCCUCCUUCCAAAUCCCGGCCGCCUCCCUCACCGUCUUCUUCGUCGCCACAAUCCUACUAACAGUGGCGUUCUACGACCGUUUACUUGUCCCGUUAUUCCGGAAGGUUCUCAAGAAUCCACAGGGGCUCACCCCACUCCAGAGGAUAGGGGUGGGCCUCGUCCUGUCUAUUUUGGCCAUGGUGGCGGCCGCAUUGACCGAAGUCAAACGGUUAGGUGUGGCCAGGUCAUACGGCCUGACGACGUCCAGCGGCACUGCAGCAGCUGUAGUGCCGCUGAGCGUCUUCUGGCUGGUCCCACAGUUCUUUCUAGUGGGGUCCGGCGAGGCUUUCACGUAUAUCGGCCAACUCGAUUUCUUCCUUAGGGAAUGCCCUAAGGGAAUGAAGACGAUGAGCACGGGGUUGUUUCUGAGUACACUGUCGUUAGGGUUUUUCGUGAGCUCGAUUUUGGUGAGUAUAGUGCACAAAGUGACCAGACAAAAGAAGCCAUGGUUGGCGGAUAAUCUUAAUCAAGGGAAGCUUUAUAAUUUCUAUUGGCUAUUGGCAAUCUUGAGCACUUUGAAUUUGGUUGUGUUUUUGGCUAUUGCCAAAGGGUAUGUGUACAAGGAGAAGAGGCUUGCCGAGGAGGGGAUUGAUCUGGAAGAAGAAGAACUUGCUUGCCAUUAGUAAUUCUAAUUAUUUGUCAUAAAUUGAUUUUCAUAAUCAAUAAUUAUAGGUUUUAAUUAUAUAUAAUAUAAGUAAUUUCAUGUAUAAAAAUUAAAUGUGGAGAGAGAGUCAUUUGACAUGGAAAAAUAAGUGGUCUCAUGUUUUUCUUUUGUUCUUA